GGAUAAUUGACAAUUUGAGCUGUUGAACCCCAUCCCUCCCCUUACAGCCUCACAACAUCUCAACACUGGCUCUCUGAUGUCCUGCAGUGGUCCAUUUCAUCCAUCACCUAGAGCUGGACAACAGACGCGAUGGAUACCUUGAGUGUACCACCAAGUCUGUAGCGCAGCUGGAGGUGACGGAUGAACAAGACCACAGUUGCGAGGCGACAUCACAUCAUCAGGUCAUGGAAACCCCCCGCCCCAUCUCAUUUCAGUCCACCCAGCGAGAUGUACACCACCGCCGCCACAGAUGCCGCCAACGCUCUUCGCCCAUGUCCGCAGCAAUGAAACAGAUCUGAUGGAUGCUCUGCGUGCAUCAUCAGGUCUGUGUAAUGGCUGUGGACACGGCAGAACGAGACACUGACCACAUCAAGUGGGCGCAACAACUGACAGAAACUGGGCAGCCGACACCCUGCUCUGCUCACUACUCAGGAAAAUGCGUCAUUGACCGGCUGGCUGGCCGACUGGCUGUUGGCAAAAUGAGAGCUUCAAAACUGUAGGAAACGCUAUGCACAUCACACAACCAUCUCCCUCCCUCCCUGCCUCCUCUACACACACUCACAUACAUGCACUGCACACCAUCGGUUGGUCGGGUCAGCCUCCCUUCUCGACCGACGCCUCAUCCAGUGCACGGCGCCAAUCCUUUGCCACACACACACACACACACAGAGAGAGAGAGAGAGAGGCAUUCAGGCAGGGCGACAGAGAGAGAGAGAGAUGCACACCACCAGUUGGGCGUGUUCUCGCGCCCACACUCACCUCACCUGCCAUUUGUCGAUUCUGGGUCGGUCGUCGAAUCGCUUGUUGUACGGCUGUGUGAAGAAGACGUGUCGCCAGAUGGGCUCCAUGAGGCCGUCCACCACCGUGGGUUUGUCGUCGAACAGAAUGUCGCCCCGGAUGAGCGUCUUGUCUCUGGUGAGUAUGAGGCGCUGCUUCCACUCGACGCCCAGCUGGUCCACAACCCACUGCACCUUCUCGUACGCGCACAGGUCCGUGCAGUUGGGAUCUACACAUACAACAUGGCCGUCCGGCCGAUCAGUGCACUGCACCCCUAUAUGCCUUCACAUACCUACCGGGUGCAGACACGAGGAAGACGUCAUGCCCCUCGCUGAGCAUCUCCUUGACGGCCUCGAUGCCGUAGUCGUUGGGCCUCAUGGUCCGCCAGAACCCCGCCACCCCUGUGAUGGCCUCGACGGUGUCGAAGUGCUCAGGCGGAAAGUCCUUGGCGUGGUGCCACUGCUGCCGCUGGUGGGGCUGCAGCAGGGGCACCUCGGGGUGGUGGAUCUUCAUGUGGCGGUUGAAGCUGCGGAACACAACACACACGUGCCCAUGCGUGAAGACGCCAGUGAUCACUUGUGUGAUUGUAAGGAUCUUCCCACGCACCUUUCCUCCCAAUCGACGAGGGUGUUGUCCAUGUCCACCAGAAUGGUCUUCUUCGUCCUCGUCGACGCAGCGCCGCCGUUCAUCAGACCAGUAAGCGGCAAUGCAGCAAAAGCCGCCCGGAUGCACAGAGUGUCAGCAGAUCCAGAUAGUAUCGCUGGAAUGCAGCUGCAUGCACUCACCAAGACCCAGAGAAUGCUCAUCCAACUCUCCCACCGCAU